AUUUACGAAUUUGAUUGAAGGAAUGAUAAGGUUACAAACAUUCAAAAUUUCAAAAUCGCAUAUGAGUGAAGGCAACGUAUAAGGUCAAUUACGCAAUCGAUGAGAUUUGAAUGGCGAAUGAUUGUUAUGAUUUUGGUGUGUUUUACAUUGAAACCGGUUGCGUAGUAGUAGGGGGAUGAUGGCUCGUAUAAAGGCACACACGUGACAAUUAAAACGAUCAGUCUCGAGAUACCGUUCUCCGUUUAAUCCGUCGAUUUUUGCUGCGUGAAAACCAACUAAGAGGGCACUAAAGUGGAAGUUGAAAGUUCAAAGCGCGCGAAAAUUCUGCCAUUCUAAAUAAAAAACUGAAAAACUUUCAAAAACAUCUUUGAAAAAACAAGGGACGAACGGACUCUUGCGAAAGAGCGAGUUUUCGAUCAAAGCGAGCUUUUUAGCCGAUCAUAUAUGCGUUACAUUAGGAAAACGAGCAAAAUCAUUCAACUACAAUUUCGCACGUUUCUAUCGGCUGGCACUCGAGAUUAAGGCGUGAUUAGUCAUUAGAAUCUUUUGUAUAUACAUCUUUUCAAAAAUUGGUGAUCCGUUCCACAUCUUGAAAGAAGUUAUUAAGAGAGAUACUUGCGAAAAUGCGACGGCAUCUCUUCGUCCUGUUUCUCUUCCUGUCGGCCUCAUCCGCGGAGCAGCGGCGCAGUGUUCAAAGCAAUGAGGAGAAAUGUCGGGAGGAUCAUCCUAUUUUGGUCAAUUAUUUUUCAUGGGCGGAUUACACCGUGCUGGCCACGAUGUUGUUAGUCUCGUGUCUGAUCGGUACUUUCUACGGUUUCUUUGCUAAGAAGCAGGAGACUAGCCAGGACUUCCUUUUAGGAGGCUCCACCAUGGGCACGUUCCCCACGGCGAUGUCACUGGCCGCUAGCUUCAUCACGGCUAUCGAGCUUCUGGGAAAUCCUGCGGAAAUGUACGGACAGGGUACUCAAUUUUGGAUGACUUGUGUCUCUUUCAUACUUGUGGUGCCGAUUACCUCUACUUUGUAUCUGCCAGUAUUCAUGAAAUUAAGGCUGACUUCGAGCUACGAAUACCUGCAUCUUCGCUUCAAUCAGCAUUGCCGAUUGCUCGCGAGCGCGCUGUAUAUGUUGCAAAUGGUAUUAUACACGUCAGUGGCUGUAUAUGCACCUGCAUUGGCAUUAAGUCACGUCACGGGCCUAAAUACCUACAUAGCCGUCACUCUAGUCUACGUAGUUUGCAUUUUCUAUGCAUCACAGGGUGGUAUGAAAGCUGUAAUAAUGACUGAUACUUUCCAAGCCGCCGUUCUUAUGGGCUCAUUGUUCCUUAUCUUGGGUUAUGGAUUGUCGAGGGCUGGUGGAAUUGCGUUCGUUUGGCAGGAGAAUAUGGAAUCUGGCAGGAUAGAAUUCUUCAACAUGGAUCCCAGACCCACAGUGCGACACAGCUUCUGGAGCGUUGUCAUUGGAGGUACUUUUUAUUGGACCACCAUGUUCUGCAGCAACCAAGCGUCUGUGCAAAAGUAUCUCAGCGUCGAGAACAUCUCGCAAGUAAGGAUAGCGCUGUGGGUAUCUUCGUUUGGCAUGAUCCUAAUUUAUAGCAUCAAUUUUCUGACUGGAAUGGUGCUGUACAGCACUUACAAAGACUGUGAUCCUUUAACCGCCAAAUAUAUAAGCGAUCAGGAUCAGAUAUUACCACUGUAUGUAAUGAAUAUUUUGGGAAGCCUUCGCGGAAUGUCCGGAUUCUUCGUCGCCGGUAUCUUCGCCGCGUCUCUUGGAACUGUCGCGAGCGCUCUGAAUUCUUUAGCGGCGAUUACCUGCGAGGAUAUCUUUCGUGGACUCUUUCAGAUAGAUUUGCCGGCAAGUAAAGGCGCGAUUUACGCCAGAUGGAUCAGCAUAUUUUUCGGAGCUCUUAGCUUUGCGUUGGUCUUCGUCGUGGAACAAUUAGGUGGCGUUCUACAGGUUGCAUUGUCUUUCAAUGGUAUGGUAGGCGGUGUGACUUUGGGAUUAUUCUCCUUGGGCAUGUUUGUGCCGUGGGCUAAUGCUAAAGGAGCAAUAAUAGGUGCCAUCACGAGUCUAAUAGUAGUGCUGUGGAUAGGAUUAGGCGCUCAAGUUGCGGCUGUAAGUCAACAUAUCCAUUUAGAUAGUAAAAACAUCUCAAUCGCAGGCUGCCCUUGCAUAAAUGAGACCAUCUCUAAUCAAUCCGAAUACAAGGAUGAAGUUUCGUCUAUAUAUAAGAUUAGUUACCUAUGGUAUAGCACAAUCGGCUGUAUGUUGACUAUAAUAGUGGGUCUGGCGGCGAGUUUUGCAACGGGUGCACAGAAUCCCACCGAUGUGGAUCAGGAUUACCUGAGUCCGCCGAUCGCAGCCAUGUUCCGCAUGCAGACGAAGCCUCAAGUUAACGGAAAUGUCCAGGGUAUCACCAACUUUGGUCUCGAGCUGGCGGAUGAGUCGCAACGACGUCCGCCAACGUCCGAUGUGAAAUCCUGAAGAACCUGAAACGGCAAUGAAAUCAUGUAAUCGGGUGAAAUAGAUAUCGAUAAUACAAUAAUCGAAGUCUAAUUUAGCAAGCAUUAAAAUUGAGUUGGAUAGUGAAACAUUUAUUCCCAAAGGUUUAGCGAACAUUCAAAUAGCUUUUAAUCUUUUUUUUCAGAAUUUCAUUUUGAAAUGGCACAAAAGUUUGAUAAGUAUUGUAAAAACGUUUGAAAAAGAGAGAAAGAAAGGAAAAGAAAGAAAAAGAAAGAGAGAGAAAAGUACAAAUUGUCUUUCAGAUUUAUGAAUUUGAAUGAAAAAACUGCUCUCUAUAAUUUUAUAAUUUACCACAAUUCAAGGGAAAAAAUAAAAUUUCCCGUAAUUAUUAUAUAAAAAAAAUACUCAACAUUUUUAAACGUAAUAUUAUUGGGAUUAUAAUUUCAGA